UUCUUAAACAAAGCAACAGGCAAAUACUCAAUGAUCUUUAAAGUACGAGAAAUUGGCAAUUUUCUGUGAUUAUUGCGUGUCUUGUUGUAUAUUAUUGUUGCUAGACAUAGUUUUACCCCUAAGAUGAGUGUGAAAGACAUCUAUUAUUCUGAUAAAUAUUACGACGACGAGUACGAGUACAGGCACGUUGUCUUACCCAAAGAUAUUGCAAAAUUAGUGCCCAAAACCCACCUAAUGACGGAAAAUGAGUGGCGGUCAAUCGGUGUGCAGCAAUCCCGCGGCUGGAUACACUAUAUGAUCCAUCAACCAGAACCUCACAUUCUACUGUUUCGACGGCCGAAGACGACGGCGUAACGACACUACAUUCCGGAAAAAAAAGUAACGCUUACUGCGCUAUCAUGAUCUACAGUGUUUCAGUUACAGUUCAAAUACCUAGAACAUUCUGGAAAUUUUCUAUGAUUAUGAUCUUGUACAAAUGGAAUCUGCUAGGGCGACUAUAGCUUCCCUCUCGGUCGGUUUAGGUUAAGUUCCGUGUUUUGUACUGUCGUCAGCUGAUUAGGGUGUAGGGAUUAUGGAUUCGAAAAAUUACAUAGCGAACCUAUUGCUCUACCUGUAACAAUAGUUCAAAAUGUUUAACGUAAAACAGAGGCACAGGGCCAAGCAGCGGUAGAAAGCAAAUUAGGUUGAAACAAAAACAAAACUGUACAGAUAAAUUUCCACCGCGGGCUCGUCUCACUGCCAACAGCAACCGCCUAAGAAGAGAGUAUGAGUGUGUGGGUGCCUAUUAUUGUCUUGAGAAAGAUGGAAACAAAAAAUACAAUCAUUCUAAGUAAGUUACUUUUAAUAAACAUUUUAAAUUUUUAA